UUAAAGAGCAAUGCAGUUUUGAAGGAAUCUGUGCCGAGUCAGCGAAAGCGCACACAAAGCUCCUUUUUUGGCUCCGUGUUGCACAGUACAGCACGCAGGUUUACACUGGUGAUGAACGGAAAGCCCUCGGGCACAGCGUCAGAGUCAGACGCAGUCGGGCUCUCGGACCAGACAUCGUGACAUUUGUGGACUUUACCGGCUGAGUGGAAGCAACCAGCGUUGAGAUAAAGCGAAGAGACACGAACACAGUCUCAUUCAGCCUCUUUGGGGGGAGUAUUCAGGCAUGGGGAUGGAAAACCCUCUUUAAGCUCAUAUUCAGGUGAAACCCGGACUAUUGGCAAUACACAGGUCAAACCAGGUGUUGAGGUCAGUCAUGGAGAUGGGCUCUUGGUGCAGGCAUGGUUCGGCACCAUCGGGACUGCUCUCGACCUCCAAAGGAUGGCUGCGUCGGUACUUGCUGCUGAAGCUGGUGACGGUGCUGUUGCUGCCCCACACGGCAGGUGUCCCCCUGCUGGUGGGCUGUGUGUUCAGCCUGCGGGCCCUGCUGCUGCUCCACUCCCCUCACACCUCCACCAAGCCCUCCACCGUGCUCCUGGCCCGGCUGGCCCUCACCGACUCUGUUGUGCUGCUGCACUGGAUGCUCCAGCUGGCCGGGUGGACGGAGGAGGCGCGCCGCGGGACGGCGACCGGCCUCGUGGAGGAGUCAGCCUGUUGGAGGGAGGCGCUGGGUGCGUUCUGUCAGCGGCUGCUUGACACGCACCACCUGGCCUCUCUGCUGCUGCUGGGGCUGCUGGGUCUGGAGGCCGUGCUGGUGUCACGCUGGCCUCAGCAGACUCUGAGAUUCAGGACUUCUCACUGGGCUCAGCUCUGCUGCCACCUGGGAAACGUCAGCUUUGACACCUACGCACAGGACGUGAGUGAGGUGGAGAGGAACUCAGGCCUCCGGCCUUCUGCAAGGUCGUCAGGAGGCCAUCGUCAGUGUGAGCUGUGA